GAUACGUGUGCCCACGUUAUAAACAGUGUAUGUUAGUAUUUAUAAAGUUUCUCAAGGAAAAUCUCGCUGUGAAUCGCCCAACUCGCGACAGCGCGAUUUUAUAUAUUUUUUCGAAUAUCACAAAAUCGUUGCUAUGACAGUAAGAUCAUCAGCUGAUAGUGAGCUUAUCCGAGAAUUUCGAGUGAUAAGAGAUGCCAUCUGUAUCGGUCCAUAUACUUUUCAGUAUAAGCAAUAGGAUCAGUGUCAAUCGGGUAGUGUAGCUAUACGCGACUAUUAUUUUUUGGUUUAUAGUGCUCAAAAAAUGGAGAGACAAAAUUCGCAAGUGCCUCCUGACGGGGGUUGGGGUUGGAUGGUGGUGUUCGGCGCCGCUCUUAUUAACAUGGUGAACCAAGCCAUGUUUGCCAACUUCGGUUUGAUAUUCGGAGAGUACUUAAAAGAAAUCGGUGGCGGCCAUGCCACCGGCAUAACCCUAGUUUUAGCUUUAAGUGUAGUAGUGACGAACUUUGCGGGAUUAAUAGUGGGACCUUUAUUAAAAAUAUUGGAAAUUAGGACUUUUACUUUAAUUGGUAUCGGUUGUGUAGGCACCGGUAUGAUCAUUUCGAGUUUCGGCACUGCUACGUGGCAUAUUGUCAUUGGAUACAGUGUAAUGACGGGUUUUGGAUUAGGCCUAUUGGCUUCGGGGACAUUUUUAAUAAUCAAUGAUUAUUUCACAACAAAAAAGAGUACGGCUGUGGGAAUCUCGAUGGCGGGUACAGCUAUUGGACAAAUGACUAUGCCCUUGUUUAUAGGAAUGCUGUUAAAGAAGUAUGAAUACAGUGGUACAACAUUUAUUUUAGGAUUUAUAAGUUAUUCUGGUGCUAUCGGCGCUUUAUUUUUUAAGCCUAUUUUAUGCUGCAAAAAGUGGGGACCUGCUGAACAAGUUGCUGCAAUAGAGAAGGGACCAGAAAAGGAGAAAAUAAACUCAGUUAGUACUAUUCCUAAGCCCGAAGAAGAAAAAUUACUGAAAGUGCCAAAUGGUGAGCGUAAAGUUUCGAUUGAAGAACGAAAUGGACACCCUGAAAGGAAAAUAUCCAGUGGAGAGUGGAAAAACAACGCCGAACGAAAACUCUCAAAAAGUGAAGGGGGAACUAGAGGAAUGAUAAAGUCUUACAGUCAAGCUAUGAUUAAGGACCACGUAGAAGUCACCUAUAAAGAGUCAGCUAUUGAAAUGGCGAGUAGUCAGUUCCAAGUAAAUAAAGAUGAGGAAAAACACCAUUGGCUUCGUAAAGUAUCCAAAGCAUUAGGGUUUGAACUUCUUAAAGAUCCAGUGUACGUUCAUAUAGUAGUAGGUUUAGGUUUAGUCUAUGUAUCAACAGUAUCCUUUGGUGCCUUCUUUCCCAUAUUCCUCCAGGAUGAAGCAAAUUUGAACAUGUUACAGACAACAACAACUAUGACCUCGUUGUCUUCCGCUGACGUCCUGGGAAGAGUGACAGCCUCAGAGAUUUGUAGAAGACUGAAGAUGAGUAAUAGGAAAACUUUUAUGUUUGGUGCUGCGCUUUUAGCUAUAAUGAGAUCAGUUGAAGUUUUGAUGCCCAAUUACCUUUCUUUGGCAAUAGUGGCCUUCAUCGUAGGAUAUUUCCGAGCGAUUGCUGUGAUAAACCAAAAUUUGGUCAUUUCCGAAUAUAUUCCCAAGGACAAGUUGCCCUCUGCUGUGGGACUUAAUAUGGUGACGAAAGCAUUGCUGUCAUUCACUGUUGGACAAGGAUUAGGAUUAUUAAAAGACAUUUGGAGUUACGCUAUUUGUAUUCACACUCUAAAUGUUAUAUCACUUAUCGUCAUCGUAUCGUGGUCCAUAGAAAUAUUCAUCAGGAGGAUGCGAUCGAAGAAGCCGGAACAAACAGAAACCAAACCAGCGGAAGUCAACAGCUAAUGUGACCAAUAGACUUCUUAAAUAUUAUUAGUGACUUCUGUGAUUAUAUAUACAGGGAGGGUGAAGAGACACUCUACUAUAAGAAGAAAAACUUAUAUUUUUUACCUCUAUGUUUGGAAGUAGUUUUUUGGUGGACAAACUAAUUCGACAAUAUUUAGUCAGUUCUUGUUAAUUGUAAAAUGUUUGUUAGUAGAGCUCCAACUGAACUGUAUAAGAAUGAUAUUAAACGUAUUUUUCUUUU